AUGGGGAUGAAUUUUCACACGAGCUCCCUCUUGCGACGGCAGCACUCAGUACGCUCAGGGGAUUUCGUUAACACCAUCCGGCUUUUCGGUGUCAAACUGCACAUUGUGGAAACGGAGGAGACCUUCUCUGUGCCUGAAUGUCACCGUGAUCUCAUGAUGGGCAAUCUGAAGUGCCGACUGGAGCUGUUGGUUGGGAUCCCUGUGAAUUUUCAGCGCCUCCAGUAUCUGGAUGAAGCGGAUCUCCCUGACUAUUCAACUUUUAAGGACAAUGAUAUUAUCCACGGUUCAACCCUCACCAUGCGAAUUUGGUCCCAAGAUGCCUGGGGGCGCCUCGUGAAGGCAGCUGCAAAAGGAAAUAUCAGAAAGCUGCAUGGUUUAGGAGCAACAAAGACCUCCUUAUUUAACACGGCACAUUCAAACUUGCUGAAACCAGAAGAAAGGACAGCGUGGAUAGAACACCGAAGUUUUGUGGCCUUAUUCGUGACUGUGCGGAGAGGCCUGCUGAAAGCUGUGGAAUUUCUGCUUCAAAAUGGUGCUGAUCCAAGAUACCGAAGUCCACUGGGUAGAACAGCCCUUCACGUCGCUGCUGCGGGGGGCCAGCUUGCCUGUGUAGAAACGCUUCUCAUCUAUGGGGCCCAGGUCUCUGAUGAGGACCAUGCUGGAAUUAGCGCUAUGUCCACGGCCCGUCUGUGGGGCCAGAAAGAAACCGAACGCAGGCUGUUUCAGUGCCAGUGGCGGAUGCGAAUGGCUAGCAGACGUGCCUCGACAUGCCCAAGCCUGAAGGGAAAGUAG